AUGAGAUUAAGGAGGCGUAGACAAUGCUUUCCUUCUUGCUCUUCUCAUCACAGAGUUGAUGAGGAUGAAGCUUACUGGAGACAAACCAAGGAUGAUGAGGAGUUGGAGUGGUCACAUGAUUCCUCCCACGUAAUAACGCAGUUAGCUCAAUACAUAUUUUUUAUUUCAAUUUUUGCAGCUAAUGCUAUGGUUGGACCACGGUCAUGGUUUAUAGGACUUUUUGCUCGCUCAAACAAUAAGCGCAAUGACAAGUACCUUGACUACACAUUGAGCCCUCUUCAGGAACAAAGGCUUCAAAGACUUCAAGAGCGAUUACACGUGCCAUUUGACGAGACUCGUCCCGAUCACCAAGAAGCCUUGAGAGCAUUGUGGUUUGCUGCCUUUCCAGAUAUUGCUCUAAAAGGGUUGAUCUCUGAGCAAUGGAAAGAUAUGGGAUGGCAAGGUCCUAAUCCGUCGACCGACUUCAGGGGUUGCGGAUAUAUUUCCCUCGAGAAUUUGUUAUUUUUUGCCAGGACUUAUCCGGCAUCUUUUCGUAGGUUAUUGUUCAAGCAAGACGGGAAGCGAGCAACAUGGGAGUAUCCAUUUGCUGUUGCGGGAAUAAAUGUAUCAUUUAUGUUGAUUCAGAUGCUGGAUCUAUAUUCAGGUGUGUCAAAACCAAAAUGCAUUCCCGGUAUCAAUUUCAUGAGAUUAUUAGGAGAAGAUGAAGAAGCAUUUGAUGUACUAUACUGUAUAGCAUUUGAGAUGAUGGACGCUCAGUGGCUUGCCAUGCAUGCUUCUUACAUGGAAUUUAACGACGUUUUACAAGUCACGAGGACACAAUUGGAAAGAGAGCUGUCUUUAGAAGACAUUCACAGAGUACAAGAUUUACCAGCUUACAAUCUCUUGUACCAAUAG